GAUAAUUCAGCCCUGAAUCUAUUCUUUUACAAUUACGCUUCCUUUCCUAACAUGAAGCCGUUGCUAUUUAAAUGUUUGACGAUACUGAUUCUCAUUAGUACAUCGAGUGCCAAGUUGCAUAGUUCCAUUCUGGGUUCCAAAAAGUCUUAUCAUCGUAUUGAGAGAAAUCAUACAAGGCCACGGAUUCUCGCACCUUUCUCGCGAGCAGACAUGGCAAGCCCACUUGAAGUAAUCCAGCACCCGUAUUUACCAGUUUAUGCGGACCCCAAUUUUAAGAAAGUAGUACCUACCAAUUCAUGGAUCAGCAACCUCUUCUAUCCGAGCUCAGAAGAUUUGGCACCCACGACGCCGGAUCCGUAUAUAUUGCGUCUUUUGGAUGACCAUGGCGGUUACCCAGGACUUUCUAUCCGUCACACUGAUGCAAAAACAUAUGGUUCCUAUCCCGCCAUGAACGAUGUACCAGCUACGCAGAUGGGUUUCUUCAUCAAUGGCGUACUAACGGAUUUGCGUUUUACCAGUAAAGAAUGGAGUCGAGAGAAACCUGAGCCCAAGGUCACCUAUUGGGAUCAUUUUGGAGCAACGUUGCGACUUUCUUCGCCGCGCAAUCCAACCAAACGUAUUGAUUUUCCGCUAGCGCGUGGCAUGCCCUUUGUCACUGGUACAUACAGCGGCUUGACGCCCCAUUUCUAUUCCGAGCAUGGCAUUCAACAGGUGGUAGCUGCCAGCAACAAUAAUGGCACUUAUGGAGGCCGUAAAUUCAAAGUUACCAUGAAUGAUCCUUCACAUACUACUUUCAUCAUCUAUGCGCUGGGUGGUCCUCUGCAAUUACGAAAAAUUGGCAACUCAAAAUUGGAAGCAACCACUAUCUAUAACGGAGUCAUUCGCGUUGCGAAAUUGCCUAGUCCUGAUCAUGAGCGACUUCUGGAUGACUAUUUUGAUGUGUGGACCGUUGGCGGCACCAUAACUACGGGGACGGAUGGCGGUAGCUAUACCAUUACAUGGAAAACAGCAGGCAAUACUGCAAAGCCGCCAUUGAUAUAUGCCUAUCCCCACCAUCUACAGACACUGUCCGCGGAUGUGAAGCGAACGAGAAUGCAGCUGCAAUCAUCCACCAAGGGCGCUAUGACAGCUGUUAUCGGCAAUUCAUGGGUGCUGCGAGAGACGCAGUUGUCGGAUAUCGGUUGGCUUCCGCGGAAUCCUGUUCCUGAACGAUCGACUCAAAACGAAAUUAUGAACGCCCUUGCACAGGAUGUGGCCGCCAACUAUGAGUCGCAAACCAACAAGGGCGAUAAUUACUUCUCCGGAAAAGGCCUUCAAAAGUAUGCCAUGGUCGCACUUAUUUUGAAUAAGCCAAAUGAGACACAGUUGAAGAAUCCAGAAUUGGCCAAGACGGCUCUCGAUAAACUCAAGGCCGCAUUCUUGCCUUUUCUUGAAAACAGGCAAGGGGACCCUUUCAAGUACGACAGUGUUUACAAGGGCAUUGUAGCACGUGAUGGGUUACCUGCAUCUAUGGGCGGCAAAGGCGAUCCAAACGCUGAAUUUGGACACACGUACUACAAUGAUCAUCACUAUCACCAUGGCUAUCUCGUCGUUACUGCUGCUGUCAUCCAUCACCUGGAUCCAGCAUGGAAAACAGCCCAAAUUAAACAUUGGACGGAUGUUUUGAUCCGAGAUGUUAACGCGGCAUCUGAUAAUGACCCUUAUUUUGCCCCUUAUCGAAAUUGGGACUGGUUUGCCGGUCAUAGCUGGGCUGGAGGGAUUAAGAUAGGUGGUGCAUUGGAUGGUAGAGAUCAGGAGUCUGUCCCAGAGGCCAUCAACUUUUACUGGGGAGCGAAGCUAUGGGGUUUAGCUACUGGAGACGCUGCGAUGACACGAUUGGCGACAUUGCAACUGGCGAUCACGAAACGUACCACUUACGAAUAUUUUUGGAUGUUGGACAGCAACAAGAACAGACCACGAGAUUUCAUCAAGAAUAAAGUGACAGGCAUAUUUUUCGAGCAGAAAAUAGAUUAUACCACCUAUUUUGGCCGAUACGUCGAAUUCAUUCAUGGCAUUCAACAAAUUCCAAUGACGCCUAUUUUAGCCGAUGAUAUCCGUACACAGCAAUUUGUACAAGAAGAAUGGGAUCAACGACUCGGUCCAGUUAUUGAUAAUGUGCAUAACGGAUGGGCCGGUGUCUUGUAUCUGAAUUACGCUCUUGUGAAUCCCGCAGCAGCUUACCCUAAACUUCGCACUGUGGACAUUGAUGACGGCCAAACCAGAUCUUAUUCUCUCUAUAUCGCUGCUACACGGCCCAACUUUUACAGACGGUGUAAGUGGACCAAACUGUGAUUGAACCGAUGUGGUCAAUCAUAUCUCACACGUUUUUCUUAGCCAUUUCCAAGGUGCUUGCGGGACACCAGCACCUCUUAUCGCUUGAAGAUCCGCAUCCUAGCCAAAGCUUUAACGGUGUACGUCGCUUGAACCUCACUAAAACGGAGGAGGAUGUCGUCUACGAUGACUAUUGAUGAAAGAUGCUGUUUAUUAUUUACAUUGUUCAAAUUUUGAAGUAAAAAAAAAUGCCAGUUUAUGAACGACCCUUCAGUGUUGUCUCAGACCCCGAAGAACUGUC